AUGUCGGCUCCGACGGCCACGGCCACGGCCACAGGCCCGGCCACUUCUGUCUCCAGCGCCAUGGACGCCUCCCCUUCCGAUGCCCUGACCGCCACCCCGUCGCAGCAGAAGGAGCGUCACUCGCUGUCUCUCGACCAACGCCGCGCGCUGCGGCGCUGGGCCAACUCGCAGACGGUGCGCCCUUCGCACAAGGCCUGCAUCGAGUGGUUCGCCAGCCAGUACGGCAACACCAUCAGCCAGUCCACCGUCUCGCACUCGCUGUCGCCCAAGUACGCCCGCCUCGACGGUGACCCCCAGCUGUCGGGCUCGCGCCUGCGCUUCGGCAACUGGCCCGACGUCGAGAAGCUGGUGCUCAUGUGGCACCACAGCAUGGUCAGCAGCGGCCGCCAGCCCACCAACGAGGAGCUCGCCGACAAGGCAAAGUCCAUCUUCCAGCAGCUGCCGCGCUACAAGGACGAGCAGCCCCCCGAGUUCAGCCCCGGCUGGAUCCACCGCUUCAAGAAGCGCUACGGCCUCCUGAUCCGCCGCCAGCGCAGGCACGGCACCGCGCCCCCGCCCCAGGACGACAUCCCCUAUCUCGUCGAUGCGAUCCCGCGCUUCAUGUCAGUCGGCCCCGACACCAGCCCCGCCGCUAUCCGCGACUCGGUCCAGCGCAUCGUCGGUGUCGAGCCGUCUCUGGCCACCUGCGCCAGGGUCCGGGACGAGGUUGUCCGCAGGCUCGAGAAUCCCCAGCUGAACCACAACGGCCAGCCCAACCACGUCCUCGACACCAGCGGCAACCACAACGGAGGGGGCGGCAUGGGCAACCCUCCCCCUGGCAGUGGUGGCGCAAGCGCCGGGCCAGGCGACGCGUACGGUGACGAGGACCCGGAGAUUGUUCUGCAGAACGCGCUGCACGCGCUGCAGCAGGAGGAGGCCGACGCGGAGGCCGAGGCCGCGGCCGCCAGGGAGGAGCGCGAGAUGGCCGAGAGGGGCCUGCAGGCGCCUCCACCGCCUCCGCCGCCGCCGCCGCCGCUGGCGGGCAUGGGGGCCAGCCAGUCGUACGCGCAGCAGGCCGCCGGCGCGGCGCUGGCGACGCCGGUCAGGAACGGGGUCGCGCAGCCCGGCGGAGUCGGCGGAGUCGGCGGUGGUGGCGUGGGCGGCGGGGGCGGCGGGGGCAGCGCCAACGGGAGCGUGCUGGCGCAGCCGCGGUACUCGGUGGGCGACGACCUGAACCUGACGCCCAUACCGUCCAACGGGCCCAUCUCGACGACGGACCGGCCCAUGCGCUGCCCGUUCUGCAUCAACCAGCGCAUGCUGCGGACGAUCAAGGAGGCGGUGGAGCACAUGGCCACGCACGUUGUUGUCUAA